GUUCGAUUACUAUCGAAUGGCCACCGGUGAAGUCCACAUGUGCUAACCUGACAAAAACAACAAUUCAGAAAUAAUUAAAUUAAUUAAAGACUCGACAGUAGAACUAAUUCUGAGGAAUUGUUAAUUUUGCAACAAAAUUUUUGUUGAAAUAAUUUUGUUUUAUUCUGUCAACGAGGUUUCAUGUGUCGUGAAUUAAAGAAAUUGAAGAAAUGUCGGGCUUGUCGGUGAUGAAGAGAAGUCGGUUGUUGCGGGGAAAUUGUUUAUCCGAUUUGUUUAAAAGGGGGAGGGGUAGGCAGUUUGGCGAUGGGACAUGUGCGAGGAUCCUGGGAAUCGAGACGAGUUGUGAUGAUACUGGAAUUGCCAUUGUGGAUGGCGCGGGAAGGAUCCUGGGGGACGCGUUGCACUCUCAACAAUCGACACAUUUGCAAUAUGGAGGUAUCAUUCCCCCAGUGGCACGUGAGCUCCACCGGAAAAACAUCACAGACGUCUGUGAGAGAGCCUUGAGAGAAGCGAACUUGAGGGUAAGAGAUGUCGAUGCUAUCGCAGUAACUGUCAUGCCUGGUUUAGCCCUCUCCCUGAUGAUUGGGAGAAGCUUUGGACAGUACCUCUCGAAAAUAGGGAAUAAACCGUUGAUCCCCAUUCAUCACAUGGAGGCACAUGCACUGACUGCUAGAAUGUCGGAAAAGGUAGAUUUUCCGUUUUUGGUGCUUCUGAUUUCCGGGGGACACUGCAUGCUAGCUCUUGUCAAAGAUGUGGCGGAUUUCUACUUGUUGGGGACUAGUGUGGAUGACGCGCCAGGUGAAGCUCUCGACAAGACAGCAAGAAGAUUAAAAAUGAGAAAUCUCCCUGAGUAUGCCGACAAAAACGGCGGAGCUGCGAUUGAAUUAGCGGCGAGUAAAGCCACAGACCCUUUUCAAUUCGAGUUUCCAGCGCCAAUGACACACUACAGAGACUGCAGCUUCAGUUUCUCUGGGCUGAAGAAUUCUGCGGACCGCAUGAUAUUGAAAAUGGAGAGGGGACAUGAUGUUCUUGGUGACGGAGUCAUUCCGGAUCUGGAGAACUUCUGCGCUGCAUUCCAGCUGUGCGUUGCCAAGCACAUUGGGCACAGGACGAAGAGAGCUAUGAUGUUCUUGGAUAGGAGGGAGUUGCUCCCCCAGGACAAAAAAACUUUGGUUGUGUCAGGUGGUGUCGCCUGCAAUAAUUUCAUAGCGAGGAGUCUCCAAACGAUCUGCAGUGAGAUGGGCUAUCGUUUCGUCCGCCCCCCACCAAAAUUCUGCAUGGACAACGGGAUUAUGAUCGCCUGGAAUGGAAUUGAACGGUGGAAUGCUGAUGUGGGUGUUCUCAGAGACCCUAUUGAAAUAGAAAAACUCGAAUUCCAGUCCAGGGCACCUCUGGGCAUCGACUGGACAGAUGUUGUUCGAGGGGACGAUAUUCCUUGCAGAACCAUCAGGUCUAAGGAAUUAUAUCCCUGAUGAAAAUAUUCUAGUUCAUUUAGAAUUUUUACUUAUGAAAUUAUCUGGACAAUGAGCGGGUCGAGGAGAAAAUAUUUAUUACUAUAAUAAAUAGUAAUGGGAUUUUGAAAUAUAAUGUUUUACACAUAUUUUUGUUAAUUAUUUUUUGU